CAACAGUCUCUAAAACGCCGUCAACAUGAAAUUCUUCAACCUGCUGUUUAGCCUCUGUCUGGCCUUCAUGCUGUGCACCUCGUGGGUGUCGGCUUUCUCCAGUCUUGCCACCCCGGAGCCAACUCCGCCAACUGGUGCUCCCGUCGAUGGUACGACUAGCACGGGAUUCUCUGGUCCGCCGCAGGCUGAGACCACAAAUGCCACGCCAGAAACGUCGACCAUCUAUCCCAUUUACGGAUAGUCAUCAUCGAUUGAUGAAUUAAAAACUGAAUCGCAAAUAU